GACAUCCAGGAAGCCAACUUCAAGACGUCGAGCAGCCGGCUGCUCGCGGCGGUGAUGUCGGCGCUGUGCCACACGUCGGUGAAGCUCACCUCCAUCUUCCCCAUCGCCUACGACGGGGAGGCGCUCCUGCGCUCCAUGGUCAAGCAGGUCAGCACCGAGAACGACUCCGCGCUGGCCCACCGCUUCCCUCUGCUGGUGGCCCACAUGGAAAAACUUAGUCAGAGUGAAGAAAAUGUUUCAGGGAUGACAAGCUUUCGGGAAGUGCUGGAAAAGAUGUUGGUCAUUGUUGUUUUACCAGUGCGGAACAGCCUUAGGCGAGAAAAUGAGCUUUUCUCUUCACACCUUGUUUCUAAUACCUGUGGGUUACUGGCUAGUGUUGUCAGUGAGCUUACGGCGUCUGCACUGGGAUCCGAG